CGUUGCACUAUUACAAAAUGUGGCAGGAUAGACCUGCCCAGCCAUUGUUGCCGAUGUUCAUUUGUAAUGCUGCCUUAAGGAGAUGAGGAGAUGAGAGCCAAUUGUUCCAGCAGCUCAGCCUGCCCUGCCAACAGUUCAGAGGAGGAGCUGCCAGUGGGACUGGAGGUGCAUGGAAACCUGGAGCUCGUUUUCACAGUGGUGUCCACUGUGAUGAUGGGGCUGCUCAUGUUCUCUUUGGGAUGCUCCGUGGAGAUCCGGAAGCUGUGGUCGCUCAUCAGGAGACCCUGGGGCAUUGCUGUGGGACUGCUCUGCCAGUUUGGGCUCAUGCCUUUUACAGCUUAUCUCCUGGCCAUUAGCUUUUCUCUGAAGCCAGUCCAAGCUAUUGCUGUUCUCAUCAUGGGCUGCUGCCCGGGGGGCACCAUCUCUAACAUUUUCACCUUCUGGGUUGAUGGAGAUAUGGAUCUCAGCAUCAGUAUGACAACCUGUUCCACCGUGGCCGCCCUGGGAAUGAUGCCACUCUGCAUUUAUCUCUACACCUGGUCCUGGAGUCUUCAGCAGAAUCUCACCAUUCCUUAUCAGAACAUAGGAAUUACCCUUGUGUGCCUGACCAUUCCUGUGGCCUUUGGUGUCUGUGUGAAUUACAGAUGGCCAAAACAAUCCAAAAUCAUUCUCAAGAUUGGGGCCAUUGUUGGUGGGGUCCUCCUUCUGGUGGUCGCAGUUGCUGGUGUGGUCCUGGCGAAAGGAUCUUGGAAUUCAGACAUCACCCUUCUGACCAUCAGUUUCAUCUUUCCUUUGAUUGGCCAUGUCACGGGUUUUCUGCUGGCACUUUUUACCCACCAAUCUUGGCAAAGGUGCAGGACAAUUUCCUUAGAAACUGGAGCUCAGAAUAUUCAGAUGUGCAUCACCAUGCUCCAGUUAUCUUUCACUGCUGAGCACUUGGUCCAGAUGUUGAGUUUCCCACUGGCCUAUGGACUCUUCCAGCUGAUAGAUGGAUUUCUUAUUGUUGCAGCAUAUCAGACGUACAAGAGGAGAUUGAAGAACAAACAUGGAAAAAAGAACUCAGGUUGUACAGAAGUCUGCCAUACGAGGAAAUCGACUUCUUCCAGAGAGACCAAUGCCUUCUUGGAGGUGAAUGAAGAAGGUGCCAUCACUCCUGGGCCACCAGGGCCAAUGGAUUGCCACAGGGCUCUCGAGCCAGUUGGCCACAUCACUUCAUGUGAAUAGCAGGGACUUGCUGGCUGGACUGGCCCCCUUCUUUUUCAGUGGCCAGUAAAGACAGUGUGCAGCUGACACAUGAAUCUUGUUGGUAGGGCCAGUGUGAAUAUUUAAGUGUUCAAUGUUAGAAUAUUUAUAUUUUCAUGUGGAUUGUGAAUUGUGAUGGGAUCACUUUUGGAGAUUCCCAUUUCAGGGAGUUUCUUCUGGGGGUUAACAUAACGUAUCAAUGA